AUGUCUGGUCGUGGUGGAUAUGGUGGUGGUGGCCGUGGAGGUCGUGGUGGAUUCGGUGGAGGUCGUGGUGGAUCAUCCGGUGGUGGAUACGGUGGUGGUCGUGGUGGAUCUUCCGGUGGUGGAUACGGUGGAGGUCGUGGUGGAUCAUCCGGUGGAUACGGUGGUCGUGGUGGUGGUGGUAGUUACGGAAAUCGUGACGGUGAUGCCAUCCCAGAUCAAGUUGUCGAACUUGGAGCUUUCACACAUACAUGCGAAGAAACUAUUGUUUGUAAAUUAACUCAUGCCGAUGUACCAAAAUUCAACUGCAGAGUCUUCACCUCCAACAAACAAAAGUUGGGUCAAGUUAGUGAAAUUUUCGGACCAAUCAAUCAAGUAUUUUUCAACGUUAAAUUGGACAAUGGUGUUCAAGCUUCAACCUUCAAGACAGACGAUAAAGUAUUUUGCGAUCCAUUCUCUGUAUUACCACUAAAGAAUUUCCUCGAGGAACCAAAACCAAAGGCUAAGGUUCCACAAGGUGGUCGUGGUGGUGCUGGUGGACGUGGAGGUCGUGGUGGUGCCGGUGGUCGUGGAGGACGUGGCGGUGCUGGUGGUCGUGGAGGACGUGGUGGUUUCGGAGGUGGAGGUCGUGGUGGUGGCCGUGGAGGUUCCAGCGGAGGACGUGGUGGUUUCGGAGGUGGAGGUCGUGGUGGAGGCCGUGGUGGUUUCGGAGGUGGACGUGGAGGACGUUCAUAA